AUGUUCAAUAAAUCACAAAUAACCUCUAAUUUACCGCAUUAUUAUAGACGCCGUUUCCUUAGUCGUAGAAAUAAUUUAAUUAGACUUACUCUGGUCGCUUUAUUACUUUUAUCUUUAUAUUUCACGAUAUUAAAACCUUGGGUCAAAUGGAGGGAUUCUAGAAUAAUAUCAAAAAUAGAUUCUUCAACAAAAAAUGAUGCAUCAAAAACUGAUGCAAGUUGGAAAAUAAAUUUGAAUGAAACAAUCAAUAGUAGAUUUAGUGUAUUUAAUAAAGAACAAUUCACUGUUGAGGCAUUAAAAACAAAUGGGUUGAUCCCAGUGACAGCAGUUCUAAUAGGUUGGAAGAGAAAGGAGAGUUUACAAAUUGUAGUAAAUUUUAUAUCAAAAUAUCCAUUUAUAAAAGAAAUUUUAAUAUGGAAUAACAAUGAUAAGAUAAGAUUGCACAAACAGGAUUUUCGACUUAAUAAUACAGAAGUCAAAUUGAAUAUAUUUAAUUCAGAUGAGAAUCUUCAUGAUCUAUCAAAAUAUAUUACAUGUACAAUGGCGAAAUAUGAUUAUUGUUAUUUUCAAGAUGACGAUUGGUUGAAUUUAUAUAUGGAUAGUAUUUAUACCAAUUUUUUAAAGUAUCCAAAUUUAAUUCAUUCAAAUACAAUGCCAAUUAUUCAUUUAGAACAUCGAAGAUGGAUGUUUGCUAGUAAUGAUAAAAAUCUUCAUACAGGAUUUACUUGGUUGGGUUGUGGAUCUUUUAUUCCACGUAUCAAAGUACAAAGAUUUUUAGGACAAAUUGGUUCAGCUUCUUUAGAGAAAGAACGUUUACGCCUGGUAGACAUGUAUUUUUCUUUAUGGACCAAUCAAUAUCCUUAUCAACUUUCAAAUCCUUUAACCACAUUGGAUCAAAGUGAAGAUUGGAGUAAAAGUGCAGAUCAGUGGACACUUGAUGCCGUUCAAAAGUUAUAUACAGCAUUGGCUGUUAAUACUGGAUCUGAACUAUUUGAACGUCAAGAAGAAAAUCCACAUUAUUUAGAUCGGGAUGUUAGUAUAUGUUAUGCCAACAAUAUUACUCAUAUUCAUGAACACGAAGCCGAAUUUAAUGCAUUGGAUUUUCCCAGUAAUGAAUUUUGGAUUAAACAUGCAUAUCAUAAGGCCGUAGAUUUUGAUUUGAGUACUUGUUGGAAUUCUUUUAAAAAACCUAAAGUAGACGACUAUUUUGGACUACAAUUUGUCGAACCACAAAAUUCUCAUAAAAUUACGAUUGUAUCAUCGAAGGAUAGAAUUUGUGAUAAAAUUUCAUCAUCCGAGAAAAUGAAAGACAUAAAUUCAUCAAUUAUUCCACCCAAUCAUUCUAUUACAAUAAAUUUUAAUUGUGAAAUUAAGAAUGAAAAUUUGGAAAAUCCGGAGAAUCUUGAAGCUCUUGAAAAUAUGGAAUAUCGUUAUAUAAAAUUUCAAAUAGUAAGAAAUUUCACUGAACCUUUUGAAAUAUGUUCUUUAAUACUAGAUGGAUUAAGUGUAUAA